AUCAAUCACAUGCGUUAGAUUUUAUAAUAGCUAAUAUCUCUGGAUUGUGGAAUGAGUUUUUGAACCCCUAACAUAAAUAGUCUGACUAGGUAUCUUAGUUUGACAGGAAGUAUUCAACCACGUACAGUAAAUAAGAAUAUGGAGAGCUCUCAAGAAAAUAUACCUAAUGUUAAUUGUAAAAUCAGAAAAAAAGGAGAAAAUGUGCGAAGCCCUUUAAAAGACUUUACAAAUGUAAAUAUUGUUCAGAGUGGUGGUGGGGGAGGCAAUCCAAAAAGUCCUCCUACUUCCCCAUCAUCAAAGGCUAGUGAAAGUCUGAAACCUAAAAGUGACAAUAGUUUUAUCAGUAAAGGCGAACAAGAUGUUUUGUCAUCUGUUGAUUCUUCAAAAUCAGACACUGGGAAUGAAGAUCUCAAAUUGCCACAAAUUCGAAUCCCUCAAAGUCCUGGAAAUGAUAUGGAAGAAGAAGACAGGUUUGAAGAUGCAGUGGAAAAUAAGUUGAAUUUAACUGCAUUAGCUGACAAUUUGGACAAAUUCCACUUGUCUACUCCUGGAAAAAUUCAGCCUAGACCUGAUGAGUUCACUAGCUUCAGUGUUAAAGAACUGGGCAGUCCUGAUAGUGUCAUCGACUUGUGUGCUUCUUAUAGUUACAAUGAAAGUUUCAGAAGUUUAGACAAUUCCUUCCAAAUUACAGAUGGAGCCCAUAACAGCAGUGACUCAUCAGUAGAAUUUAUCGGUAGAGUUUCAGCAGGGAAGGAAAAUAGUAUUGUGAAAGCUGAAAGACAAAGUUUAGGUUCAGAGAACGUCAAUAAUUCCCAAGUGAAUGUGUCGGGGAUUAGUUCAAUUGAACGAUCAGGAGAAAAAACUGUUGGAGUUGACUAUCCCCUCCAAAGUGUAGAAGGAGCUCAAAAAAAGAGUGAGUCAUCGGCUGAGUUCAUUGGUGUUGUUCCAGAUGAAAAAGAGAGUAGCAAUGUUGAAGUUGAAAACCAAAGUUUGGGUUCAGAAAACGCCAAUCAUUCCCAAGUGAAUGUGUCAGGGAUUAAUUCAAUUGAAGAAUCUGCAGAAGAAAUAGUUGAAGUAGUGCAUUAUCUCCAAAGUCUAGAAGGAGCUCAAAACAAGAGUGGGUCAUCGGCUGAGUUCAUUGGUGAUGUUCCAGAUGAAAGAGAGAGUAGCAAUGUUGAAGUUGAAAACCAAAGUUUGGGUUCAGAAAACGCCAAUCAGUCCCAAGUGAAUGUGUCAGGGAUUAAUUCAAUUGAAGAAUCUGCAGAAGAAAUAGUUGAAGUAGUUCAUUAUCUCCAAAGUCUAGAAGGAGCUCAAAACAAGAGUGGGUCAUCGGCUGAGUUCAUUGGUGUUGUUCCAGAUGAAAGAGAGAGUAGCAAUGUUGAAGUUGAAAACCAAAGUUUGGGUUCAGAAAACGCCAAUCAGUCCCAAGUGAAUGUGUCAGGGAUUAAUUCAAUUGAAGAAUCUGCAGAAGAAAUAGUUGAAGUAGUUCAUUAUCUCCAAAGUCUAGAAGGAGUUCAAAACAAGAGUGGGUCAUCGGCUGAGUUCAUUGGUGUUGUUCCAGAUGAAAAAGAGAGUAGCAAUGUUGAAGUUGAAAACCAAAGUUUGGGUUCAGAAAACGCCAAUCAGUCCCAAGUGAAUGUGUCAGGGAUUAAUUCAAUUGAAGAAUCUGCAGAAGAAAUAGUUGAAGUAGUUCAUUAUCUCCAAAGUCUAGAAGGAGCUCAAAACAAGAGUGGGUCAUCGGCUGAGUUCAUUGGUGAUGUUCCAGAUGAAAGAGAGAGUAGCAAUGUUGAAGUUGAAAACCAAAGUUUGGGUUCAGAAAACGCCAAUCAGUCCCAAGUGAAUGUGUCAGGGAUUAAUUCAAUUGAAGAAUCUGCAGAAGAAAUAGUUGAAGUAGUUCAUUAUCUCCAAAGUCUAGAAGGAGUUCAAAACAAGAGUGGGUCAUCGGCUGAGUUCAUUGGUGUUGUUCCAGAUGAAAGAGAGAGUAGCAAUGUUGAAGUUGAAAACCAAAGUUUGGGUUCAGAAAACGCCAAUCAUUCCCAAGUGAAUGUGUCAGGGAUUAAUUCAAUUGAAGAAUCUGCAGAAGAAAUAGUUGAAGUAGUUCAUUAUCUCCAAAGUCUAGAAGGAGCUCAAAACAAGAGUGGGUCAUCGGCUGAGUUCAUUGGUGAUGUUCCAGAUGAAAGAGAGAGUAGCAAUGUUGAAGUUGAAAACCAAAGUUUGGGUUCAGAAAACGCCAAUCAUUCCCAAGUGAAUGUGUCAGGGAUUAAUUCAAUUGAAGAAUCUGCAGAAGAAAUAGUUGAAGUAGUUCAUUAUCUCCAAAGUCUAGAAGGAGCUCAAAACAAGAGUGGGUCAUCGGCUGAGUUCAUUGGUGAUGUUCCAGAUGAAAGAGAGAGUAGCAAUGUUGAAGUUGAAAACCAAAGUUUGGGUUCAGAAAACGCCAAUCAUUCCCAAGUGAAUGUGUCAGGGAUUAAUUCAAUUGAAGAAUCUGCAGAAGAAAUAGUUGAAGUAGUUCAUUAUCUCCAAAGUCUAGAAGGAGCUCAAAACAAGAGUGGGUCAUCGGCUGAGUUCAUUGGUGUUGUUCCAGAUGAAAGAGAGAGUAGCAAUGUUGAAGUUGAAAACCAAAGUUUGGGUUCAGAAAACGCCAAUCAGUCCCAAGUGAAUGUGUCAGGGAUUAAUUCAAUUGAAGAAUCUGCAGAAGAAAUAGUUGAAGUAGUUCAUUAUCUCCAAAGUCUAGAAGGAGCUCAAAACAAGAGUGGGUCAUCGGCUGAGUUCAUUGGUGAUGUUCCAGAUGAAAGAGAGAGUAGCAAUGUUGAAGUUGAAAACCAAAGUUUGGGUUCAGAAAACGCCAAUCAGUCCCAAGUGAAUGUGUCAGGGAUUAAUUCAAUUGAAGAAUCUGCAGAAGAAAUAGUUGAAGUAGUUCAUUAUCUCCAAAGUCUAGAAGGAGUUCAAAACAAGAGUGGGUCAUCGGCUGAGUUCAUUGGUGUUGUUCCAGAUGAAAGAGAGAGUAGCAAUGUUGAAGUUGAAAACCAAAGUUUGGGUUCAGAAAACGCCAAUCAUUCCCAAGUGAAUGUGUCAGGGAUUAAUUCAAUUGAAGAAUCUGCAGAAGAAAUAGUUGAAGUAGUUCAUUAUCUCCAAAGUCUAGAAGGAGCUCAAAACAAGAGUGGGUCAUCGGCUGAGUUCAUUGGUGAUGUUCCAGAUGAAAGAGAGAGUAGCAAUGUUGAAGUUGAAAACCAAAGUUUGGGUUCAGAAAACGCCAAUCAUUCCCAAGUGAAUGUGUCAGGGAUUAAUUCAAUUGAAGAAUCUGCAGAAGAAAUAGUUGAAGUAGUUCAUUAUCUCCAAAGUCUAGAAGGAGCUCAAAACAAGAGUGGGUCAUCGGCUGAGUUCAUUGGUGAUGUUCCAGAUGAAAGAGAGAGUAGCAAUGUUGAAGUUGAAAACCAAAGUUUGGGUUCAGAAAACGCCAAUCAUUCCCAAGUGAAUGUGUCAGGGAUUAAUUCAAUUGAAGAAUCUGCAGAAGAAAUAGUUGAAGUAGUUCAUUAUCUCCAAAGUCUAGAAGGAGCUCAAAACAAGAGUGGGUCAUCGGUUGAGUUCAUUGGUGUUGUUCCAGAUGAAAAAGAGAGUAGCAAUGUUGAAGCUGAAAACCAAAGUUUGAGUUCAGAAAACGCCAAUCAUUCCCAAGUGAAUGUGUCAGGGAUUAAUUCAAUUGAAGAAUCUGCAGAAGAAAUAGUUGAAGUAGGGAAUUCUCUCAAAAGUGUAGGAGCUCAAAACAAGAGUAGGCAAUCUGAAGAGUUUAUUAUUGUUGCUUCAGGAAAGGAGAAAGUCGUUGAAACAGUUAAAAACCUGAGUACUUAUGAAAAUGUCAAUGCUUGCCAAUCGAUUGUAUCAGAUAUUAAAGAAUCUGUAAAAGAAAUAGAUCAGCAUGUGGAAAAUCAGAUUACAUCUUCUGUAGAUCCUGUGUUAUCUGAUAGUACAAAUAGACUGUCUUUGAUUGAAGAAACAGAUGGAAACACAGAGAAUGGAAAUUAUAGCUUUCACACUGAAGGCGAUCUAAAAGAAAAUAAAUCUCUGUCAGAAAAAAGUCAAACUACUUUAGAGAGUAGCCCUACCAAUCAAAAUACAUCCAGUGAUUAUUCUUUUGUUGGAGGAUUGGCAAGUUCUAGCAUGUGUAAGCGUAACAGUUUUGGUAUAGAAGACUUGAUUUCAUCUAUUGAAAAAAUAAACAUUACAGACAGUUUUACCAAAGAAACUACAUCUAGCUCAGAGGUUCUAUUUUAUAAGAAGGAAUCAGCUGCUGAAGUAAUCCAGACAGAUUGUGUCAAAGAAACAAUAUCAGGUCAUAUCACACUUAACGACUCAUCAAACAAACAAAACUCAUCAGCUGAGACACACAUCACUACCAAGAGAGUGUUAUCGGAUGAAAUCAACUCAUGUGACUUUAAAGAUCAAAUGAGGGAAAAAGAAUUUCCUUCUGAAGAGUCUAAGACUGAUAGUAUUACGGAAACAGAGACAUUAGAUGAUACAAUACCAAACUCACUUGAUGCAACAAACAAGGAGAAUUUGUCUCUUGUGUCUGAGUCGGGUGAUAAUAUGGAAGCAGUAAAAUCAGAUAUUACCUUGCCGUCUAGUCGUAGUUACUUGGUAAGUGAGGAGAGCGUGCCAGCUGAUAAGUCUCAGUCAGUUAAUCACGAGAAAGAAGAUAAAGAAGAAACUGUUUUGGUAUCUAAAACUAACAUUUCAGUAGUUGAGAAGAUAGUCGUUCCUGAUGAGCCCAAGGCAGAUGCUCCCAACAAAUUCUCUCCGGAUGGCGUCAAGAAGACUAGUUCUGUAAAUACAAUUGAGAAAAUAUCUGCUGAAGAAGAUAGUACCAUCAAAGUAGCGAUAUCAGAGGACACACUUUCUGACACAAAUGACUCUUCAAAUGAGAAAAAAUUGUUAGAAGAUUCUCAGACAGACAAUGAUGCAACCAACAAUGUGUUAUUGCAUGAUGUCCAGGUAUCUAAUUCUGUCGAUCCAUUAAAUGAGAAGAAAAUUCCUGCUGAACAAGGUAAUACAAUCAAAGUAGUUAUAUCAGAGGACACGCUACCUGACACCAAAGAUUCGUUAAAUGAGAAGAAACUGCCUGAAGAGUCUAAGACAGUCAACGAUGCUACAAAAGAAAUGUCAUUUGAUGAUGUCAAGUUAUCUAGUUCUGUUAAUCCAUUGAAUGGGAAGAAAAUGCCUGCUGAAGAAGAUAAUACUAUCAGAGUAGUGAUAUCAGAGGACAUGCUACCUGACCCUGUUAAUCCAAUAAAGGAGAAGACAUUACCUGCUGAAAAAACUGUUCCUGAUCCUGUUCCUGGUAAUACCAAAAAGGUGAAAUCAGAUGAUCCGUCUGACGAUGUCAAGAUACUUGGUUCUGCUCAUCCUCUAAAUGAGACAAAACUGCCUCCGCAAGACUCUGAGUUGAUUGGUAAUGUUGAAGGAGUAAAAUCUGAUAAUACCACACUCAGCUCAUCUAGCUUUAGUGAGCCAUUAGAUGAGAAUAAGUUGAUUGUUGAAGAAUGUAAGGUACUGUCUAGUUCCAAUAAUACACUAAACGAGAAGAAAUUGCCCUUUGAAGUGUCAGAAAGAGACAAUGAUGUCAAAGAAGUAAAGUCAAAUGAUAUGUUGACAAUUUCAUCUAAGAGUUCUAAUGAAAAUGUCCAAUAUUUUGACACCAAGGAAAACCAUAGUGUUGAUGAAUCUAACCAAUCAUUUAUUGGGAUGUCGAUGAACUCUUUUACAUCAAGAAAUAGCAGUUCUAUCAUGAAAGCCGAAACCGAAACACCACCAAUUAAUGUGAAUAUGAUAGAUUAUAUAAUGAGACCUGGAGGCAAAGAGGAAUUAGAAGAGUUGAUUAGGUCUAACUAUGAAACUCAUUAUCGUACUCAUUACUCAUUACUCAAAAAUAAAUCGUCACCUGUAGAGACUGUGUCAGGAGAUACCAUAACGAAUGUUCAUGUUCAAACUGAGUUACAGAAGUCUACCAAGGAGAAUAUCAAUAAAGACAUUAAGUCUGUUGAUUUGAACGAGGAUAGUAAAGUCGAGGUCAUUAUUCCUCCCAAAGAGAAUAAAAUUGCUUCAAGCAGUGAAAUUUCUUGUGAUGACGCUGAGUCUUCUCAUGCUCUUUUAAAGAGUAAAAGCUCACCUUUCAAGUUGAAUCAGUCUGAAGAAACAUACAAGAAAAUGCAUCUUUCAAAUAAGAAAAAAGAGUUAAACCCAGUUAAUGAACAGGCACAUCACACUAGUUCUAUCAAAGACAUCUGCUCAGGAAAAACUUCCUUGGGUGAAAAUGUGUUUGAAUCUUCCAAUGAAAGUAAUACAAUUCACAGAAAUGAGUCAUUGUUCAAAGACUGUUAUGAACUGUCAAAAUCACAAACCAAAGACAGUAAAAGUGAUACCUCGGUACAAAACAGAGUUUCAACAAAUCCUGCAGAAGUGAACAGCCUGGAAAGCGUAGAGAAGUUUGAUUCACUUGAAGACGAUUUUGAUGACAUAUUGAUGAAAGAAGCAGCAAAUGUAUCCGAACAUAUAUUAAAUGUUUCUAGGGAGUUAGACGAAUCAGAUUCGGAAGGCGAUGUCAAUAAAACAGUCAUAACAGUCGAAGAAACCAGCAAUGCUACAAAGAAUGAUGAAAGAAUACCACCAAGAUCAACAGUUUCCAAAACACCAUCUUCUCUCUCACCAAGAUAUACAGUUUCCAAAACACCACCUUCUCUCUCACCAAGAUCAACAGUUUCCAAAACACCAUCUUCUUUCUCACCAAGAAGCAGCAAACAGACCACCUUUAAACAACCGUUUGGUGUAGCUGAAUCAUCAAUCAAUUCUUAUAUGGAGAGUAUGCGUGCAGUACUUCCCUCUCAUCUCAAUCAGAGUGAAGCUGGACCAAUCACCGCAGAUGAGCUGAGCACUGAAGACUUGGAAUUCCGGGACGGAGCCAACCUAGACUUGGACUUUUUCACUCAAGUUGGCAAUACUGAAGGGAUCAUAAAGACUUCACUGACUAGAGAUUCACUGUAUGUCAAGUUCGACCCCAUCGUCGGUGCUUUAGUCUCGAAAGCCAUCAGUGACAAAUUCACCAUGCCACCUCCGUCUGCUCCGGUUGAGGAAAAACAAACUGAGGACAGCCCCAGUAAACCACAGUCUGAGGAUUCAGCAGCUGAUGUCCCUAAGACUCCUGGUCGCAGUCCUGCUCUGGAGGCAGUACAGAAGCUCAUCUCUCUCACCCCUCCAGCCCCGGCCAAGACGCCUUCCUCCACCUCCCCUGAAGCGGCUGCUACUAAGUCGGAUCAAAAUCCGUCAACUAAAAGGGAACGUCCUUGCUCUACCAAGACGGAUCGAGCUCCAAAACAGGAACGACCAUGCACUGCUAGAAUGGUCACUAACACGCCGACCAGCUCGUCUCAAAAAAGUGCCUCACAUGACCAGCUGAAAAAAGAAAUAAAUAAAUUAGAACGUUUAGUAUUGCAACAGGAAAGUGAAUCUAAGGCAGCUGCGACUCAACACAAGGCGGACUUGCAACAGAAAGACGCUGACUUGGUCGCAGCUCAUGCCCGCGUCGUGGAGCUAGAGGCGGAGAUGAAAGCCAUCAAGGAGAGAGAACAACGGCUCAAGAAAGAAGUCGUCAACAAGGACAAGAGCAAACAGCAGCUUAGUUUGGUGAUGGAAGAGUACGAAAAAACAAUUUCGCAACUGGUCGCUCAGAAGGAGGAAGACAGAAAAAAGUUUGAAGAAGAAAAAGAAAUGUUGAUGAAGGAAAGAGAUACUGCGAUGCAACAUUUGAACAACAUGGAAAUAGCUUUCAAUGAUGUGCAUCAGAAAUAUGAACGCAGCAAAACGGUCAUUGAAGGGAUGAAGGCUAACGAGGAAAUUCUGAAGAGAAGUCUGGCUGAGUUUGAUGAAGCGGUCAAGUCCAGUACGGCCAAAUAUGAAACCCUGAAAAGCCAUGCUGUCAAACAGCUGGAACAAGCAAAUCAGGAGUUGGAUACGCUUCAGCGAAGUCAUCAAGUCGAAAUAGCCAAAUUGAAAGCUAUGCUGAAGAAAUCCGAUGUUCGUAUAAAGUCUCUGGAAGAAUCUCUCGACCAAAAAACAAAGGAGAACGCAGAGUUGACUGCAAUAUGCGACGAACUUAUCAGCAAAGUCGGAGGAACUUAACUAACCUAACUACAUUCCAAGCCAGCAGUGAUCUAGUCUUAAAGAGAGCUUGUACUUAGUUUAUUGCUUUCACUAAUGAUUUUCAUACAAAUGUUAACAGCUGGAAUAUAGUGACACCGUAUUAAUUUCCGUGCAAUAACGUUGAUAUUGUCAGUCACUAAUGUGGCCAAUGUAAUUCCUAACUUGUGUAAAAAUGUUUUUUUUAUAUUGUACAAAGCUGCUGUGGUUUGGUGAUGGGGUUUUCAUUGAAAAUGUGUCACUUUCGUAUCUCAGUGCUGGCUAUAACGUAUUUUUGUAAUGUACUGAUCAGCGUACUUGUAAUUUUGUAAAAAACUUACUUUACUAAUAUAUAUAUUAUGUUUUUAUCAGUUAUAGUUUUGAGUAUUAGCUAAAUUAUAUUAAUCUUUUAUAUAA